AUGGAAACUGUUCCUUCAGAAAAGAUGGAGACGUACCAUGGUUACGUACGGACGCCCGCCGAUGCCAUCAAGCUGUUCGAGGCCUGCCGUCUAGGCCUGCUCCCUCGUGUACAGCGACGCCUCUCCGAAAAGGAACGCCAGUCGAUUCGCUCCGGAUCAGUCUUUGUCUGGGACGAGCGAGAAGCCGGCAUGCGAAGAUGGACCGACGGCAAGUCCUGGAGCGCUUCCCGCGUCUCUGGUAGCUUCCUUACAUACAGAGAGAUGGAGGGUAAGCGAGGCGGCGGCUUUGGAACCGGCCGCCGCGCUGGCAAGGAUGGCCGCAUUAGCGACGAUGAUAUCGAUGACGGCGAGCCCGAGGGCUACCGCUACAAGGCCGACGGUCUCAUGAAGCAGUCCUUUAGCAUCACCACCUCCAGCAACCAACACCUUCACCUGAUCUCCUACUAUGCUCGCCCCCAGUCCGGCCAGGCCGAGCUGGUCCAGCCUACAAAUGAUCCCAACCUGCGCAGCAUCGUCCCUGUCAAGGGCAUGUACCCCGAGUCCAGCAUGGGCGAGGCCAACCAGACUCCUGCCCUGACCCGCGCUCCCAUGCAGCAGCCUCCCUACAUGAUUGCUCCUCAGCAUCAUCCUCACCAGCAAGCGUACGCCCACUAUGGGCAGCCUGGCUACGGCUGGCCUCCUUCACCUGCUGCCACGCCCCCUUAUAGCCACUACACCGCCGCGCCUUACGCUCCUGCUGGCCUUCCUCUGCAGGCCCGUCACUCUCACCAACAGCCAUCCGGCUAUGCUCCUCCCCCUUCCGCUCACGGCGCCCACCCUCCACACUACUCAUACCCUGCCCACUACGAGGCCUCGCUACCUCCGCUGCACAGCACUCCCAAGACUGCCUCGCCUUACCAGGGCUUCCCUGGCCGUCUGUCCCCUCCUCACGAGCCUCUGCCUCACAAGGAGCAUGCUCUGGCUGCCAUCGACCACCGUGGUUCGCUAAGCAAGGGCCCCCUCCCUGCUCUCAACUCAGUGACCAACGCUGGCUCUCCCCAGGUUGGUGCCGGCACCCCGCCUACGAGACAUGCCAGUGUGAGCCCGCCUCGCACUGCCAACUCGGACCUGCCCAACAUCAAUGGCCACCGCCCCAGUCUGAGCUCUAUUCUGCAUCCUACUCCUGCCGCGAGCGAGUCUGGCAGCGUCAGCGGACACAGCAGUCCUAGGAACAACAGCAUCAUGAGCGUCGAUAAGCUCUGUGGCAACGAGGAUACGCGAGCGCUUAGAAUGCUUGACCGCCGAUUCUGCGUAUAG